AUGGUGCUCAAUGUAUUUAGUGAAUCCAUAUCAAUAGUUGAGAAUGAAUACCUUGCCUUAUAGGAAGACAAACUGUUAGCCAAAAUGAGGAAAAAACAAGUAUGACUCUAUUUAUAAUGGAGGAACGAGAAUUGGAGUAGUUGAAAUAGUAUGAACAGUAAAAGGAAGAAUAAGAGAAACGUAAAUACUCAAUUCUAGAACAAACUAAAUCCAAACAAUAGUAAGUUGAAUAGGCUUUGAAGGAAAAGAAAUUAUUGGUAAAAUAGCAUCAAUAUUGUAUCAGAUAGAACUGAGGAAGAAGGAAAAAGAAAAAGAGAAAUUACUACAAAUUCAAAAGAUAGAACAAGGGAAAUUGAAAGAAUUAGCACAAAAUGAUGUAUCCAAAGACAAAGUCAUGGAGUAACUUGAUGCCAAUAAAAGUAAUUUAGAAACAAUUUAGACUGAUAGAAAUAAGAAAUCCACUGUCAAAAAGUAAUUAUUACAAUUAAUCUUAGAAUAGCAGAAGGGAUUGUCAAAACACAAUAGGAGGAAAUUCUGAUUAAGAAAAUACAAUUGGACAAGUAUUAGAAAGAGCAAGAGGAAUAGUGGAAAGACUUAAAUGAGAAGAAAGAAAUCCUAUUGAAUGAGUUGAAAUUGGCCAAGAAGAAACAACUUAAGAAGAUCAAAUAGAGAAAUGAAGAAGAGAAAAAUGCAUAUUAUCAAGAGAAGAUUUAGAAAAUUGAAUAAUACCAAAAGAAAUUAGAUGAAAUAGGAGUCAAUCAAUAAGUCAAACAGUAAAUGUUGGAGCAGAAGAAAAAGGAGAAAUUGGAAAAGCUGAAAAAAGUUAUGGUAUGCAUAUUUCAUUUAUUGAAAUUAGUAAAACUAUAAGAAAAUUAUGUCAGAAAAAAGUGAGAAGGCUUAAUUGAAAGUAUAGAAUGUUGAAGAAAAAAUAAAUUAAAUAUAGGAGAGAAUGAAAUAAGCAGAAGACAAGAUAGAAUUAAUUGAAAAGGAGAAAAAUAAUCAUAGAAAAAAUGUACUUAUCAAAUUCUUAUUUAGAUUAAAUCAAGGAAUGGCUUUAUCCUUAAUAAUAAGAAUGAGACAUUUCAAGAUAAGAUCAGACAAAAGGAUGAAGAACAUUUAAAAUCUAUUACUGAAACUCAAUCCUUAUCAAAAUUGAAGUAAGAGCAGGAUAGAUAGAAAAAGGAAGAGCAAAUAAAGGAGCAUAAAAAAAAGGCUGCUAAUAUGCUAAAAGAGAUUGUUGAAACAAAAAAUAAAAAAUUAAAAGAGAAACUGGAUAAGGCCCAAUAAUUUAAGGAUGACAAAGAGAAAUUGUUUUAAUAAUAGUAAAAGUUAGCCAAAGAUAUCGAGCGUUAGAAAAAAUAAUUAUUACUCAAAAGUCCUAAAAACAAUGCUUUAGAUUAUUGA